AUGAGAGAUCAUAUUCCAACCCCGGACCCCAUCACAACUACCCGCUCCCGCAAAAAGCAAGUGGAGGUAACGAUCGUCGGCGGCAUGCGGUCGUCUUCACCCCCGCCGGGCCUUUCGAGCGGGUCAUCAUCUUCGUCGAUCUCAUCGGUAGAGACCUCCUCUCUCACUGGGAUCGGACUUGGUCUUGGAUUUGGUGCGGAUGGUGUUGAGUUGAGGUAUGAGAAUGUUUUAGCUCCUGUGAUCACGGCCAUGGACUCGGCUCCGGCGAGUAGCACUCUUGUGAAUAGGGAUGAUGCUAUGCACUCUUCGCGCGCUUCUUCUUCCUCGUGGAGUACUGCUGCGCCGUCUGUUGUUUCCGGUGCUUUUGCUUCUGCUUCUGCUUCUGCUUCGGCUGGUGUUGAUCAUCAAGUUGCGCCGACUGGAGGGGUUUAUACGUGUUUGUUCCAUAUGCUGGAUUGUCAUGAUUCGUUCGAUGAUGUUUUGCAGUGGAAGAUGCAUGUUUGGAGUCACUUUCGGACGCAUCCGCCGCCGCGGACAGCGCGGUGUCCACUCUGUUCCGAUGAAUUUGUCGAUGACGGCGACGAAGAGUCGAUGCUACUUUCGCCUCUUUCGAUAUCCGAGUCGAGGGAUGAGAGUAGUCGCAGCGAGGAAGUCAAUUCACCCACAUCUUCUCAAGAUAUCCAAAGCCAGGUUCAACAGUCAGAUUCGGCCUGGAACCGUAUGCUCAACCACGUUGCAGCACAUUACCAGAGUGGUCAGACCUUAGCGGGUAGUCGACCGGAUUUCGAGCUCAUGCGGCACCUCUAUAACCGGCGUAUCAUUUCUGAUGCUCAGUUUAAGGCGAUGCAGCUUGCACCUGCGCCGUCCAGUCCGGCGUAUCAUCGUUCACAGGAUGGGGUGCGGGCUAGUAUUGGGUCAUCGGAUGAGCCAUAUUAUGCGCCUUAUAGUCGGAGGAGAGAAGAGAGGAUGAGGGGGGCUUCUAAAGGGGUUAGCGUUAUCUGA